AUGAGUAUUCGCCUCAAGUACACCAACUACCUCCAAAUAAAGGAUGUCCUCAACAGCAACGCCUACGAUGCGACAAAGGCGAUCCAGGCUAUCUAUAGCCUCAAGAGACAGACGGAAACCAUCAUCGAGGACUUGAAAAAGAACUCAAAAAGUGACAAGAUCAAGACCAUGAAGCUCAUUAUCUCUAUAGUCCCAACUACAUACACCACAAUAGUCAACAUGAGACAGGAACUACUAAAACAGUCGCCAACAUUUCUCCCAUACAACCACUAUGUCAUCACGGAAGAGCUCAUCAAAGACAUGAACAAAGAAACAACUCUGAUGAUGGACUCCUUCGAAGCCAUCCAAGACAAAUUCAACGCAACUAUGGAAGCCUAUGCCAAAAUCGUCAAAGAUCUUCCCUACAUAUAG